AGCAAGCAGCGCAAUUUCAUGCACAAGGGGUAGUUUUCCGCUCGACUAGGGUACAAAGGUGCAACAUUCCGUUCGACAACGUUCUGUUUCUUUUUUUUUUUUUUUGUUCCAAAACAUUCACACGCCCUUACGUAAGCCGCAGAAAGACGAGUACGAAAGCAAACAUGGGCGGAACAGAGGGGACCGGAUAGAAGUCGUUCGGUCACCGGCGGUCAAGAAAGGUGAAUACCGAGCUGGUUCGAUCUUAGUUCAAACGUAAGGGGCAACAGCAGGCAAGCAAAAAAAAAACACACACACGCUCAGAUCGACUCCACAUGCUACCUAUCCCGAUCACUAACGCCGUACAUGAUGUUUGAUGAUGAUGAUGAUCGGUCGGUCGGUCGAUCAGUCGGCUCCUCACACCGGGCGCCCAAGACUCACACACACCUCAUGGGGUGCUACGGGGAAAUGUUUUCAACUUUCCUUAUCAUCUCGCCACCGCCCUACGGAGGAGGGGCUGAUCUGCUAAUAAUCAGCUGAUUUUAAGUAUCGUUGCGAAUAAAUUAGGUCCGAAUGCGGGCAUUCUGGCACAGUGCAGUGCUACCGCUGGUCGGGUAAAGAUUUCACCAAGAUAGUUGGGCAAAAGGGAGGUGCGCGAGUGUGUCUCCGGUGCAACUUCUGUGUCUGCGUCUGUGUGUAUAUUCGUCUGUGAUACUCUGUAGUGUGUGUGCUCCCGUGUGUGUGUUUGUGCACAAUCAGAUCAGAAUUUCAUUUCCUUCCCACAUCCGUGGCAGGCCGGGACAUGGCAACAACCGUCUUCAACGGCUACCCAAUCAUGCAAAGAUGUCAGCCUGAGAUGGAUAGCAGCAGCAGCAGCAACGCGACGAAGCAGUCGGCGGCGAAGGAAAAACCGAGCGCACCGUCACGGCACCGCGUAGUAGGUAAUGAGCUGCAGAGCGUGAAACAGCAACCGUCCCAGCGACAGCAGGAGCCUUCCCGAGUGCCGGACCGCGCCGAAGCAAACCAAGUGCCGACACACUACUCGCAACCAGGAGCCAUCGGUGACAGACGCAGCCGGACCGCCGACAGGACCGCACCAACCAACAGCAGCAGCAGCAGCAGCAGCAUCGCCAGCAGCAACAUCAGCAUGAGCACGCCAUCGUUCAACCGUGACCGUCUUGGGCAGUGGGCCGCCGAAUCCGACGGCGAAAUCGCGGGUUCAAUCGCUGGCUUCGAUCGACUCCGCAAUGGAAAGUUCAAUAAGGGUCUGUCCUUCAGCAUCGAGGAGCGGCAGGUGCUGGGCAUCCACGGGCUGAUGCCGGCGAUCGUCCGCACGGAGGAGGAGCAGGUGCAGCACUGCCUGGAGCUGCUGAAGCACUACACCGACCCGCUGAACAAGUACAUCUACCUGAUGGGGCUGCUGGAUCGGAACGAGCGGCUGUUCUACCGCGUGCUUGCCUCGAACAUCGGCGAGAUGAUGCCGCUGGUCUACACGCCGACGGUCGGGCUGGCCUGCCAGAAGUACAGCCUGGUCUACCAGCAGCCAAAGGGCAUGUACAUCACGAUCAACGACAAGGGCCACGUGUACGAGGUGCUGAAGAACUGGCCGGAAAGUGACGUGCGCGCGAUCGUGGUGACGGACGGCGAGCGCAUCCUCGGGCUGGGCGAUCUGGGCGCGAACGGCAUGGGCAUCCCGGUCGGCAAGCUCGCGCUGUACACGGCCCUGGCCGGCAUCAAGCCGAGCCAGUGCCUGCCGGUGACGCUGGACGUCGGCACCAACACGCAGUCGAUCCUGGACGAUCCGCUGUACGUGGGGCUGCGGCAUCGGCGCGUGACCGGCCCGGCCUACGACGAGUUCGUGCAGGAGUUUAUGGAGGCGGCGGUGCGCCGGUUCGGCCGCAACUGUCUGAUCCAGUUCGAGGACUUUGCCAACUCGAACGCGUUCCGGUUUCUGGACCAGUACCGCCACGACUACUGCACGUUCAACGACGACAUCCAGGGCACGGCGUCGGUCGCGGUGGCCGGGCUGCUCGCCUCGCUGCGCAUCACCCGCACCAAGCUGGCGGACAACCGCGUGCUGUUCCAGGGGGCGGGCGAGGCCGCCCUCGGCAUCGCCCAGCUGUGCGUGAUGGCGAUGAAGCGGGACGGGCUGACGGAGGAGGAGGCCCGCCAGCGCAUCUGGCUCGUCGACAGCAAGGGGCUGAUCGUGAAGGACCGGCCGACCGGCGGCAUCAGCGGCCACAAGCAUCUGUUUGCGCACGAGCACGCCCCGGUCGGUACGCUGCUGGAGGCGGUGCGGGAGCUGAAGCCGACGAUACUGAUCGGUGCGGCCGCCAUUGCUGGCGCGUUCACGCCCGAGGUGCUGCGCACGAUGGCCGCGAACAACGAGCGGCCGGUCAUCUUCGCCCUGUCCAACCCGACCAGCAAGGCGGAGUGUACGGCGGAGCAGGCGUACGAGCAUACGGACGGGCGGGCGGUGUUCGCCUCCGGCUCGCCGUUCGCCCCGGUUACGCUCGGCGACCGGACGUUCCACCCGGGCCAGGGCAACAACUCGUACAUCUUUCCGGGCGUCGCGCUCGGCGUGCUGUGUGCCGGCGCGUCCACCAUCCCGGAGGAGAUCUUCCUGCUGUCCGCCCAGCGGCUCGCCGAGAUCGUGACGGACGACGACCUGGAGCGGGGCAGCCUGUACCCGCCGCUGGAAAACAUCAAGGACUGCUCGAUCAAGAUCGCGACCCACAUCAUGGAGUACGCGUACGCGGAGGGGCUGGCCUGCACGCAACCGGAGCCGGACGACAAGGAGGCGUUCGUGCGCGCCCAGAUGUACGACGCGAGCUACAAGCCCGCCGUCCCGUCCGUGUACGCCUGGCCGAAGCUGUAAGAAGGAAUGGCGCAAAAGGAGAGAAGGGGAGAGAGAGAGAGAGAGAGAGAGAGCGCUCACCGAGUUUCCAAUUCUGUGUUUUGGUUGCUACUGUUUUGGCGCGUUGUUUGUUUUUGAUUUUUGUUUUAUUUUUUAAUUAACUCUCGCGGUGUUAGAUUGGUGGUUUUUUUUUGUUUUGUUUGUAGUGUGGGAUGCAAUACCCCCCCCCCCCUUUCUUCCCUUUCAGUUAAAAUGUGUCCGUUACACACGUUACGUAGUGUUAUUAUUUUGAAACUUUUUUUGUUAUAUCGUGUCCCUUUUUCUUGCUUAACCUGCUUUUCUCUCCUCCGGCUCCCGUACCUUGUGCUUCGAGGAUUUGUGUAUAACACAUCGCUUGUGAGCGUGAAGCAUCGAACAAAAAAAAAAAAAACAUCCACACACAAACACGCAAAAAAACACUGUUAACUGAACAAAAUAAAUUAAGCACCUAUUUGAUUGUGGUGGUAGGAGAUUAGGCUAGAACUUUUCACAUCUAUUUCAUGGUUCCCUCCCCUGAGAAGGAAAAUCUCAUGUUGGACAAACAAACCCACACACCCACCCCAAACCCGCUUGUUGUUAUAGUCGUCGCGUGCCCUGUGCGCAAUACGCAAGCAAUGCAAUGGGCCGCAAACGGAAUAAAAACGCAACUCCCCAAAUUCCACUAAAUCAUCCCCAUGUGUUCUCCCCUCCCCCCUCCCCCCCCCCUCCCAUUCCCAACCCACUCACACAACCUAUGUCUCGUAAAUGUUUAUCAAAGUGAAAGUGAUAAUAAAAACGUGUAAAUUAUAAA